AUGUCGCAGCUUGUUCGCACAGUUUACUUGCAUCGGAAUCCUACCGGUCGUCGCGGUAAUCGCCGUUUGGUUGUGCCAUGUGAACCACCUCCACCAAACCCGUCCUGUUUGGUUUGUAGUCCUGCGGUCACUAAGUCCCAGUUGCGCCUCUAUUGUGAUCCUUCCCUGUUGACAUUGCGCAUCGUUCGGGAUUCCAUCCUCAUUCGUCAUCUGGGCAUGCUUGCUCCGGAUGUCGAGUUCACUGAACGCGGCUUGAUCCUGAUCUCAAGUGAGGAAGGUGAAACCGACGAAGCUUCCGAUAAAACGAACGAGAGCGCGGCAACGUUGAAGCGUACUCUUGAGGAUGUUAAUAGCAGCACCAUAGACAUUGACAUAUUGAAUACACCGGAUUCCAACUGUCCACACUCGGCGAAACGCGCACGUCUAACCGUACCAGAAGUGGUUUUGGACGAUGAUGUCGAGGAUGACCUCAUUCUCAUGGACUGA